AGGUCUUUUUCGCAAGUGCCAUCCUUUUUUUAUGUGACUCUAACUGGAGGCUCAGAGUUCUCAGCUGUGUGAUCUAUUCCUUAGUUACCCUGUUAAGAUCCCAGAGAUCUGUAAGGUAGGUUCUCAUUGGAUCUUUGCUCAUGAUGCCUCUCUGAAUGCACAGGCAGUGCAGUUCCUCCUUAGACAGAAUUUCUUCUGUAGUUUUGAUACCAUGAGAUUCCAGACUGAAAAAUAAGAGAGGGAGAGUAGUUUAGGUAAGCAAUGUUUUGUUUAGAAAAUCAAUCAUGCUUCUUCCUAAGAGCAGCAUGGCCAGCAGGACCAGUGCAGUGACUGCCAAUGCUGAGGCCACACCUUGAGUGCUGUGUCCAGUUCUGGGCCCUCAUGACAAGAGGGACAUUGAGGGACUCCCUGACAUGGAGGAGCUCCCAGCUGCCAUGUCUGCUGCUGGAUACCAUAACUCUAGGCCAGAUCUCCCGCUUUAUAAAUAUGCUCCGGUGUUCCAGUGCACCACCGCCCUCGUGUGAAAACUACUGUGAGAAGAGUACCGAUUCAGGUGGAAUUCUUUGGAUUUGUUUGGGCAUAGGGUUGAUUUUAAUACUCACUCUGUUCACCUUAAUGGUCUUGUUUAAAUGGAAGCACCUAAAGCAACUAAAAGAAAAACUGGAAAACACAGACUCCUCUGUGGAGCUGAAUACUGUUCCCAAGGCUCAUACUGAAAGCAGUGUGAAUAUGGAAGAAAUUAGACACACACUUCCAAGUGAAACAUUAAUGUAUUCAGUGGAAGAAUGCACUUGCAGUGACUGUGGCUUGGUAAAACCUCAGACUGUCUGUGAAACUUCAUUUCCAUUACCAGCUACUGAAGAACGAGCUACUGUUCUAGUUACCACCAAAUCUUUUGAUUAUUACAACUAUGUUCUGGGUGUUGGAUGACUGCGAGGGAAGUGUAUUUGUACUGAGUAAUAAUAAAUGAGUUUUUCCAGUA